AUGGAGGCGACCAGCAAGCCGGGCGCGCCCUCCGGCGUCCUGCAGGCCACAGCUCCGCCUCUGGACUACUCCUUCAAGGAGCUCCGCAGCUGCUCGGAGAUGGAGACGGAGGAGCCCAGGGGCGGUGGCGUGCGCAGGCACCCCGCCGCCACAGACAAGGACCCGAACCUCACCAGCAUCUCCCUCGGGGGCGGCGACCACUCCUCGGCCCCUAUGGCUGUCCAGGCGCCGGGCGGCACCAUGCUGCCCGUCUCCAAGGGGGGCCAGCACGGCCUUUCGCCCAAGAAGAUCAUCCGGAAGGUAUGCGUUGCGGUGAAGUUGAAUAACAACAUGAUCGAAACCGUCGCGGACCUCCCGCAGUCGCUGGAGCCUGUCAUGGAUAACCCGCUCCUGAACUGCCAGUGGCUCGACCUGUCUUACAACCAACUGGCCAGCAUAGAGCCGGUGCCGCAUUCUGUGCACUGA